GUUCAGUCAUCCAGGGCAGCAGUGACGGGUAACAUUGGAGAGCUUGCUGCAGAAGGGACAGGGAGUGUUUCCAGACAGCUCGAGAGGACAACCCUCUCCUGAGGCCUCCUGUCCCACCAGCCAGCCAUGCCGACCUGCCCUUCGGUGCCCGAUAUCCCUAUCCUCUGGCUGCUCCUGCUCCUGGUGGUCUCUCUGAAUGCUCAGAAUAAAAGCUGGGACAAACCUGUCUGCACCGAGGGCAUCGUGUCUGUGCCUAGAGGCAGUCCUGCAGUGAUGACCUGUAACAUCUCUAACACCUUCACCGACGUCACCAUCCAGCUGUCUGCCUAUGGAAAGGACAGGAUCAUCUUCGAGAAAAAGCCCCAAGGAAACUUCUCUUGGCAUGGGUGGGAGCUCCAAGUUCGAGGGGGGCAGGCACAGCUUGUGAUCAAAGACACCCAGGACAACCACACAGGGAUAUACUUGUGGCAGCUGCAUGGAGGCCAGAGAUACUACACAAACACCGUCCUGAAUAUCUCAGAGCCUUCCAACGAGGACAAGGCCACAGACACCAGGCUCUUCACACCCUUCCCAGAUCACGCGAAGAGUUCUCCGCUAGAGGGCAAGCCUGGGACCCUUGUGGGAGUCAUCACUGUCUUCAUCGUUGGAGUCGCCGGAUUCAUUACAUUUAUCUACUACAGGCACCGUCGUUCCUAGAAGCCCCAGAUGGAAUGUACCUCAGUGCCUGACUUGAGGUAAGGCGGCUCCAGUGGAAGCUGAAGGGAGCUGCCUGCAGGGUUGAGUCCAGAGUGAGGCCACCAGCAUGGGCUUAUCCUGUUCUAAGCCUUCGGAGGCCUCUGGGACCGCAGACACCAUGGAAGUCAUCAUUAUGCAUUUGGCAGAGAAAAAGGCUUUGUUCAGUCUGCUGAGCACAAAGACCUUUCCCUGAGGGCAAUGGAACCCUUGGUUCUGUACAGAGCAGGGGACAGAGACUCACUGAAGAAGGACCUGGGAAGCUGGAAAACAAUUUAGGUAUCUUUUGGUCACGUGAACAAGAGUACAGCCUCCUGACUGUGGUCUUCAGUCAUCUGAACCGCUCCUCAACUCUUCCCCAAGUUGGGAAUUCCCCAGCCGCACAGCUCUUGAUGCUCAGCGUGGGCUCCACUAUUUCUGCUAAACUCCUGAGGUCAGGGUCUCGCUACCACCCAAAGAGCUCCACCAUCAGAUUUGCUCCAGGUAGAACUUGGGGGGCAUACCUGGUUUCUGACUCACGACAGAAACGAGUUUGGGAAACCCAGAUGUCAGGUUCCAGGGCCAAAAAUAGGGAGCUAGGACUUUCAGAUGAAUCAUCUCCCCACUCUGGCCCCUGCCAGGCAGAGUGCUGUCGGGAACAGGGGUCUGUGGAAGGGUGUAGUGUUGGUUGGCAGGCAUUGCUCUCCUGAGGAUCGUAGAGCAUCUUGGGAUUCCCUGGCGGCCUCUCUUCAGCAGACCCCUGAGCCCCAACUCCCUGACUCAUAGCCACUACCCACUGUGCUUUUCUGGUUACAAUGUUAUUUUUCCUUAAACCAUUAAAUGAUUUUAAAAUGAUUUUU